AUGUACAUCAAACGUCUUGAAAUUGAUGGUUUCAAGUCAUAUUCAAAGCUCCAAGUCAUCGAUGGAUUCGACACACAGUUUAACGCAAUCACUGGUCUCAAUGGGACGGGAAAAUCAAAUAUUCUAGAUUCGAUUUGUUUUGUGCUAGGAAUAACUAAUCUAACUCAUAUUCGGGCAGGACAACUUCAUGAUCUUGUGUACAAACAAGGACAAGCAGGUAUUAACAAAGCAACAGUUACUAUAACAUUUGACAACAGGGACAAAAAGCAUGGCCCUAUCGGAUACCAUCAAUGUGAUGAAAUCACUAUACGACGGCAGAUUAUCGUAAAUGGACGUAACUCUUACACUAUCAAUGGCAGCACGGCAACGAAUUCAAAGGUCUCGGAUUUUUUUCGAAGUGUUGGUCUAAACGUCAACAAUCCUCACUUUCUGAUUAUGCAAGGGCGUAUCACUAAAGUACUUAACAUGAAGCCACAUGAAAUUCUGGGGAUGAUUGAAGAAGCUGCUGGUACGAAACUAUAUGAAGCAAAAAGGAAUUUUGCUUUAAACACUAUCAACAAGAAGCAGGCAAAAGUUGAUGAGAUUGAGAAACUGAUUUCUGAAGACAUACUACCUCAGCUUAACCAGCUUCAAAAAGACAAACAAAAUUUCCUCGAGUACAAUAACUGCGACCGCGAAAUAGAGCGUCGCGAACGAAAACUCACAGCCUAUACCUACUACGCUUCUCUGCUGAGCUCCGAAGAAUGCGAGAAACAAGCGACCGAGAAAGAGAAGGAGGUGGAAGCUUUGGGGGGAGAACUGCAAGAAAUAGAGGCGGUAUUAGAACAACAGCAGGCUGAUCUAACUGGUGCUGAAGAGGCGAAAAAGAGGCGACACGCAGAAGCCUUCGCUAAACUUGAAGAAGGAAUCGCCGUAGAACUGGCGAAGAUUGAGGCGUGUGACGAGGAGAAACGAGAAUGUAAAGAAUCUUUUGGUGAGACAUUGACCGAAUACGAAGAAAAGCGGAAAUCACUUGAUGCUGAAAUAAAGGAGAUGAAGAAAAAGGAGGCUGCUCUUGCUAAGUGGGAGAACGAAAUAGGUUCAAAGGAGCAGACGUUCAAAACUGCUGAGGAGUUGGCCGUAAAAGCAAGAGAGAAACUUAAUGCAGUAGCUCAAGGUAUGACUACGGAUGAUAGUGGAAAUGCCAUUAGCGUUGAGGAACAGAUAACAGGAUAUCGUUCCAAGCUUAGAGAGAUUGCUGCUGAAGUGUCCACUGCGGAGGAGAAGAAGAAACGAAUCGUGCCGGAAUUGAAAAAGAAGAAGGCUGAAUAUGAACAAAUGACGAAGAAAAACAGCGCUGAGUCUUCUGAGUUGAAAGCUAGGGAAGUGGAAGUGAAGAACUAUCGGCUUGAGUUGUCAUCCAUAACUUAUGACGAAGAAGCGGAUACGAAAAAUAGGGAAACUCUCGCGACAUACCAGCAAGAAGUCCACCAAAUGCAAAUCAAGCUGAAUAUCCUGCAUCAGAAAAAUCCUCGUAUACAUUUCACCUACAAAGACCCUUUUGUUGGCUUCAACCGAGAUGAUGUGCGAGGCUGUAUCGCUACCUUGUUUCGCAUCAAAGAUCCUAAGUAUGCCUUAGCCCUUGAAAUUGCUGCGGGCUCGUUUCUCUACCAUGUAGUGGUAAAAGACAAGCAUACAGCUCGAUUAAUCGUAGAAACUGGGCUCCCUCAUCGCCGAACAUUUGUGCCAUGGACUGAAGUAGUGCCUCGUCACUACCAUGACAUCGGUCAACGCUUCCGUCGAGCCCAAGAGCUGGCGAGAAAAUUCAAAGGAGAAAACAUGAUGCUGGCGUUGGAUCUAAUCGAGUAUGAUCCAAUAUAUCAGAAGGUUUUCGAACUAGUCUUCGGAGGGAUUUUGGUAUGCGAUACCAUUCACUGCGCAAAAGAAGUGGUUUACGACAGUCAGGUGAAACUACGUGCUGUAACUGCAAGAGGAGAUGAUCUGAAACCCACCGGAACAAUGAGUGGAGGCGCUCCUGACCGACGGGGACCAAUCCUUUUGGAUUUGAUUGAUUACACAACUUUCAAGACGGAAAUUGCUUGGAAACAAGCAGAAGUUGAGAAACUCGGAAAGGAAGUUGCAAAAUACGACAAAGUACGUGGACGUUAUUCUGAGCUGAAGGAUAAAUUGGAACGUGCAUCUGCUCGUUUAGAGGCGUUAAAAGAAUCGUUUAAAGACGGCCCUUUGCAGCAGCUGAGCGAAGAAAUAAAAGUGCUGGAAAAGGAUCUACCGGAAUGUGAUGCACUUCUGCGUGAAAUGACGAAGCAAGCCAAGGAGUUAAACGACCGUAUAAACGCUUACGAAGAACGGAAACGGAAUGAACAAGCAUUUAUUGAGAAGGCGAAGAAAACGGCACAAAAAGAAUCGGAUGCAGCCGAGAAGCGACUAGAGCUGGCAAAGCGUGAUUUCGAGAAGCUAAGUGAUUCGCUAACGAGCACUCGGGGAACGUUAGCGACGAUGAAAGAACAAAUUGCCAAAGAAGAGGAGGUUUUGUCGAAUUCAAAGAAGCUUGUCGAGGAAUUCAACGAUAUGAUUGCAACGAUCGAGGAGAGACGGAAAGUAGCCGAGGAAGGACACAAGGCCGCCAAUGUUGCGUUGAAAAAGUUCGAGAAGGAGCUUAAGGAGUACGACAAAGACAUUAAGAUGCAUCAAGACAAGGUGGAUGCGACGAAUAAGAAGAUUGUCAAACUGAAGUCGCAGCAAUCGUCAAUGGAAGCGGACAUCCAGAAAUUCAAAGAGGACGCAGUUGCUUACAAAAAAUUGGCGCACCAAAAAAUCAAGGCUCAUCCGUGGAUAAACGACGACAAGUCUCAUUUCGGCAGAAAAAACACGGAGUAUGAUUUUUCAGGGUAUACUCAAGAAAAAGCAAGCAAAGAAAUCGCGGAUAUGAAAGCAAGAAAGAGCGAACUUGGUAGAAACCUGAAUACAAGAGCGAUGAGCGUCCUUUCACAAGUUGAGGAGCAGGUUAUGGGAUUGCAACAGAAGAAAAACCAAAUUGCUUUGGACAAAAAGAAACUGCUGGACACUAUUGCCAUGCUUGAUGAGAAGAAAACAAGAGAGAUUCACAAAGCUUAUGAACAAGUGAACAAGGAUUUCGGGAACAUCUUCUCAACUCUGCUGCCAGGUGCAUCGGCGAAAGUUGAGCCUCCGCCUGGUAAAACGGUAGAGCAGGGACUUGAAGUAAAAGUGGCGUUUAACGGGAAAUGGAAAGAUUCUCUGCAAGAGUUGUCUGGAGGACAACGGUCUCUUGUUGCUUUGUCGCUCGUGCUUGCUAUGCUAAAGUUCCGUCCUGCCCCUAUUUACAUUCUGGAUGAAGUCGAUGCUGCCUUGGAUUUGUCGCAUACCCAGAAUAUUGGGCAUAUGAUUAAGAAGUUUUUCACCACCAGUCAGUUUAUUAUCGUGUCACUCAAAGAAGAGGACUUGGAUACAGUUAUAGUUAUUGUUUGUUCUGGAACGUUUUGUGUAAUUAUCAGUCAGCUUGGAAACCGGAUUUUGAAUAGAAAACAACCAAAAUAUCGACCCUUAAGCGUAAUUAUGCAAUAUAACAACAUCCGCCUUGAUGUUGCCAAAUUGACGGCGCCUGACGCUCGAAAAUUCGAUUGGGAAGGUCGUCCGCACUUUAUUCCGAGGACGUCCAAUGAACUUGUACUUCUGUCUGUUCCUAUCGAAAUUUCUCACAUCGUAACAUUGAGGAACUAG